GGAAUUUGGAAUAUUCAAAACUGUGCGUUACUCUCGUGCAAGCAUGGGGUCACAAGACCUUUCUGACAUGGUAGGACCUCUGGGGAACGAGCGUUCAAGUCAGUGUAGCUCGUUGGGUCAUUGUAAUGCACAAGCCUGAUCGCCACAUCAAAAUAACAGCUAUCGGUCAGCCACACUCUGUACAACCAGCAUUACAACUUCGCCUUCAGAUAUCCACCAUAAUACGACGAAUUCGUUGUUCCUCAUAUGGAUAUUUCUUGUUUGCAGAAUUCAAUAGCUUAUCAGAAGGUCCUUGAAGAACCAUGGACUUACCUUCAUAAUUGGAAUUCCUUAGCUCCUAGUGUCCAACAAGAGGUGGCUCAGAACUUCUUGAGCGAACUAAGCUCACUUAAAAGCGAGACGGCGAUUACUCAAGGUGUCUUUGACCCUUCCAUGUUUGUUAACCAGGAUUUUUCGUGUAAUUUAGUUUUAGAACAAAGUCAAAAAGAAAGUGCUUCAACAAUUCAUGAAGACAGCAAAUAAUAUGAUCACUUAGUUUUUUUCAGUCUUUUCAAAUAAAGUUUUC